AUGUCACGCCACCCUAUUCGCGAUCUUUCUCCAGUGCUGGGCGUGCAAUGGGAAGUUGUUGCACGCAUCGCGUUUCUGUCUCCAGUCCGGCAGUGGUCGAAUGCAAACGGAAGAGGCCACAAUUUGGCUACAAUCUUGCGUGGUGACGGCGUCUUCUUGUUCGCUGGUGGAAGAAUCAGAAAAGCUGCGCGUGGAUUUGGCAAGCCGAACCACACGUACGAAAUAGGCUUGUCUUCUUCAGCUAGCGUGACUCCGGUUGAAGAUGAUGAUUCCAUCGAGCACGUGGACUACGCUUUCACAACUAUUAGCGACCUCGCUCAUGCUGAUGCGCACGCACAAGUUGACAUCCUCGCAAUGAUUAUGGACGUCGGUGUUCUGGAUAAAGUUGUUGACCGCAAAGAUGGGGUUCAAGUCAAGCGAGAGCUAAAGCUGACAGAUUCGUCGAACGUGGAGAUUGUUUGCACUCUGUGGAAUAAGUUUGCAGAGGUAGACUACACAGCGGCUUUGCACCAGCCGUACGCGUUCCGGCAAGUGAUGGUGAAUGAAUUUCGGGGUCGGUCGCUGUCUACGCUGUCGUACACAAUGGUCGUCCCGAAUCCCAACUUACCUGACGUGAUCACUCUGCAGGAGUGGUUCGACGAUACUCGAGGCGAGUUCAGUGUUCCUAUCAGCCUAGUGGAUUGCAAGUUUACUUCACUGAAGGACGUAACAUCGCAACCAAAUGGCACAUCUGUCAGCGUCAUUGUGCGUGUUGAUAAGCCGGACGACGUGACAGCGAAGGACGGGAGAAUUCUACGCAAACGCAAGGUGGCUCUGCAAGACAUGAGCGAUACUGAAGUUGAAUGCACACUGUGGCAAGCAGAAGUUGACAAGGUCUCGUCGGAACAACUGGAGAGAGUGCUGUCGCUCGAGAACUCUAAGGUUGUUAUCUACGGAGACUGCCGCGUAGCCACGAGUGUGAAGACAUUGGUUUUGGUUGAUUCAGCAAUCCCUGCCUGUUUCGAGCUAGUACGAUGGUACACCACACCGCCCAAUAUUUCCGCCGAUGACGAUGAUAAGGGGAACAAGUCUACCAUGACUGCAGACGAAAAAAAGCAGUCCACCUCUCCCCAGCAACUGCAAGUUGCUACUGGUGCAGCGCUGGAGCACUCGCUCAGAGGUUCAAUUGGAAACGUGGAGCCCGCAACCUUGCGCAGCCAUUCUCCGCAAGCGACACCAAGCCCCAUCGCCGCAGAUGAUCCUGGCACUCCGAGCAAGAAGCCGAAAAAGCGUGAGCGCGGGAGCUUAAAGGUGGGUAAGAGCAAGCGUCCGAAAGUGUCACCGUGA